CCAAGCUCUUCUCUCCGGCUUUAUCUAUGUGAGACUUGUUUGAUGUGUUUCUGACCCCUGCUGUGGAAAUGAACAUGAAUCCUUCUCACGGGAAAGGAACAUUCAUUCCCGAGACCGCAGCGCCCCUAGAGGACAAUCGCGGUACCGCAGGCGCUCAGCAGCUCCCGAAAGUGAAAGGAUCCUGAACCAGGAAAUACCGGGAGUUAACAUGGCUUCGAAAGAACAGGUCGAGAGUUUAAGCGAGGAGGCAAUUUGUCCCAUUUGCCUGGAUUUCUUCACCGAUCCGGUUAUACUGGAGUGUGGACACAACUUCUGCCGCUCCUGCAUCACACGGUGUUGGGAAAGGGAGGAGAGAAACUCCUGCCCGGAAUGUAGAGAGGAGUUUGCAGACCGCACCCUCAGGGCCAAUCGGGCCUUAGCAAAUCUGUCUGAGAAAGCUCGAAAACUAAACCUGAAUCCGAAAGAGAAGGAAAAUAAACUUCACUGCGAGAAACAUGGGGAAGAACUGAAGCUGUUUUGUGAGACGGACAAGACACUGAUCUGCCUGGUCUGUAGAGAUGCGCGGGAACACAAGUCUCACAACUUCAUGCCGGUUAACGAAGCCGUUGAAAUCUACAAGGGUCGGGUUCAAUCUUCCUUAGACUCUCUCACGAAAAAGAAAUCAGACUUCGAGGAAAUGGAGCAACAACAGAAAGAGAAGAUUUCUGGAGUUCGGGAACAGUCACACAACGUUCAGUCCCAGAUCACAUCCCAUUUUGUUGAACUGCGCCGGAUUAUCACCGAGAAAGAGCAGCGCGUGCUCCGAGAUCUCAGGGAAGAAGAGGAGAGGAUUCUGAAUCCAAUGGAAAAAAAUCUUCGAGAGAUUCAAGAGAAUUUAAAUUCUAUCCAGGAGGAAAUCUCAAAGUUACAGGAACGGAUGGAUCAACAAGAAAAUAUCACAUUCCUCAUGGAGGAAGCUCGUCGGAAGAGGAGGAUUAGUGAUGAACAACAUAUAUUGUCAGUGACAGAUGGUGCCCUACUGGAUGAAAAAUUCUGUCACCCCUAUUUGUUCGACAUUGCAUUGGGAGAAGCGUUUGACGACAUUAAGCGAGUCUCUGUCACCCUGGAUGUGGAAACGGCGAGUCCGCUGCUCGAGGUGUCUGAGGAUCGGAAGAGUGUGAGAUACACCGGGACCCGGAGGAAUCUCCCGGACACCGGGAAGAGGUUCACACACUGGGCUUGUGUGCUGGGAUCGGAGGGAUUCACAUCGGGGAGACAUUACUGGGAGGUGGAGGUGACGGGGAAUCGGUGGUGGUGUCUGGGAGUCGCCGCAGAGUCUGUGAAGAGGAAGGGAUCGGUCACACCGAGUCCGGAGACCGGAUUCUGGAUCAUCGGGCGGGUUAAUGACGAGAUGUGGGUUUACACCUCCCCAGAGUCCCGUCUCCCUGCCGGUCCCAUCCCCGGGAGGGUGGGAGUUUAUCUCAGUUACGAGUCCGGGACAGUUUCAUUUUACAACGCGGAGACCAAGUCCCAUCUCCACACCUUCACUGGGAAUAAAUUCACGGGGAAACUUUAUCCUUUCUUCUGGACUUGGGAUGAAAACGAGUGGCUGAGAAUCUGCUCCGGUUCCGCUCCGGGUCUGUAAACGGGUCGGGUCCGGGACCGGCGUCAGGAGUAAGUCAGUGUAAAUAUAAAUGUGCAGAGAGUGAAAUAAACACGACGUGAGAAUUAUUGAUCCAUUAAUUUUAACUCGUUCACCGCAUCCGUCAA